AUGAAUAUGACUCAAGCCCGAGUUCUGGUGGCUGGAGUGGUGGGUCUGGUGGUGGUCCUCCUCUACGCCUCCAUCCACAAGAUCGAGGAAGGACACCUGGCCGUGUACUACAGGGGAGGAGCUUUACUAACUAGCCCCAGUGGACCGGGCUACCAUAUCAUGUUGCCUUUCAUUACUACCUUCAGAUCUGUGCAGACAACACUACAAACUGAUGAAGUUAAAAAUGUGCCUUGUGGAACAAGUGGUGGGGUCAUGAUCUAUAUUGACCGAAUAGAAGUGGUUAAUAUGUUGGCCCCUUGUGCAGUGUUCGAUAUCGUGAGGAACUACACUGCAGAUUAUGAUAAGACCUUAAUCUUCAAUAAAAUCCACCAUGAACUGAACCAGUUUUGCAGUGCCCAUACACUUCAAGAAGUUUACAUUGAAUUGUUUGGGAGGCUGAGAAGACGAAACUUCUAA